CCAUGGCUUCCAUUCACUUAAGUAUCACAUAAACUCGACACAUUACAUGCUGCUGCUAACACUUUUUAUCUCUGUAUAUCCACUUCACUUCCAGAAAUUAUAAUUCCUUUUUGUCCCUCAAGAAAAAAAAUGGCAAAUUUCACCUUGAAAGCAGAGAACUUUUCCUCUCUCUCACACCACACAAGCACACAAACCUCACUCUUGAACACGACCACCUCAUUCAAGACCAAUUCUUUACGUUUCUUACACUCUAAAAACAGCUUGACGUUCAGGGUUUGGUGUGGUAUUAAAGAGAAAGAGAAUGUGACAGAAAGUGAGAGGGUCCCUGAUGCACUCACUGGACUAAAAAGAGUUGAUGAGUUGGACCCCAAGAGGGGUUCAAGUUUGGAUUUUGAGCAAAAAUUGGGGAAUGAUAGUGGGUCUAGUGAAGUGGGUUUUGAUUGGAAUUGGCCUCCGUGGAAGAAUAUUCCUCAGAGAUAUAAGCUUAUUGGCACCACGUCACUUGCCUUCGUUAUUUGCAAUAUGGACAAGGUGAACUUGAGUAUUGCUAUAAUUCCUAUGUCACACCAAUUUGGGUGGAAUGCAUCAACGGCUGGGCUAGUGCAGUCAUCCUUCUUUUGGGGUUAUGCUUUGAGUCAAUUACCAGGAGGUUGGCUUGCCAAGAUUUUUGGGGGGAGAAAAGUUCUUAAGUUUGGAGUUUUGACAUGGUCAGUGGCCACAGCACUUCUUCCUUUUCUUGCUGGAUAUAUGCCCGGACUUAUGUUGUCAAGGGUUUUGGUUGGAAUAGGAGAAGGAGUUUCGCCAUCGGCAGCAACUGACCUCAUUGCCAGGUCAAUACCUUUGGAAGAGCGAUCACGAGCUGUAGCAUUCGUCUUUGGGGGACUGAGUGUAGGAAGUGUUAUAGGGCUUCUUUUAGCUCCUCCCCUUAUUCAGAAUUUUGGUUGGGCAUCUGUAUUUUAUAUAUUUGGCUUUCUUGGGUUAGCCUGGUUUUUGGGGUUUCAAUAUCUUGAAGAGGGGCAAGCUUCACACGCUGCCAAGCCUGCCUCACGGCCCCAAUCUAUCCAUAUGGAAAAAUCUUUUAGUAAUUCUCUUGCAGCGUUGGGUGGCUCACUGAAGGAUGUGCCCUGGAAGGCUUUUUUCCGAACCCCAGCUGUAUGGGCAAUGAUAUAUGCUCACUUUUGUGGAAGUUGGGGUCACUAUAACUGUUUAUCUUGGCUUCCUUCUUAUUUCAGUGAGGAGCUGAGCCUGAAUUUGACAGAAGCUGCAUGGGUUUCCAUCCUUCCUCCCUUGGCUUCAGUUUUUGUGACUAGCUUUGCCGCACAGCUCGCUGACAACUUAAUCGCUAAUGGAGUUGAAACCACUACGGUGCGAAAGAUUUGCCAAACAAUUGCCUUCUUGUCUCCUGCUCUUUGCAUGACGCUCUCCUCUGUUGAUCUAGGACUUCCACCCUGGGAGAUUGUGGGGAUUCUCACUUGUGGCUUGGCCCUCUCAAGCUUUGCCUUGUCAGGACUUUACUGUACACAUCAAGAUAUGUCUCCUGAAUAUGCAAGUAUACUGUUGGGCAUUACCAACACCGUUGGAGCAAUACCUGGAAUUGUAGGUGUUGCCUUGACUGGUUAUCUUCUUGAUACAACUCAUUCGUGGAGUAUUUCUUUAUUCGCACCAUCAAUUUUCUUCUACUUGACUGGUACGAUUGUAUGGUUGGCAUUUGCCAGCAGCAAGCCUCAAAACUUCUCCAACACAGAUUGACUUCGGUUGUCUUUGGAUCAGUUUUCUUGAAUGAAGCAUCCAAAUUAGAGAGAGAGAGAGAGAGAGAGCACACCAUUCAUUAUGUUAUACAUUUUACUUCUUUUUCCAUAGCGUUUGGUGGGAAUUGCCUCAUCUACCAAUAGUUAGCUUCAUUUGUAUAUCUCUGUACACAGAAAAUACCUUAUGUAUAUUGAUUUCAAGUGUAAUCCACCAAGCAAAAUGCAUAGUUGACUUACA